AUGGCAAUCCAAUUAGGAUAUUUGCUAUUAGGAAGUUCUUUUCUGCAACUAAUUGGCUUUGCAUUGGCAAAUAGCCAAGCCACCAUUCCAGUUACACCCAGUCAGUAUGACACUGCUUUCCUCAACAGAAGCAGUUUUCCAGCUGGGUUCAUUUUUGGCUCAGCUUCAUCUUCUUACCAGUAUGAAGGUGCUGCAAGAGGAGGUGGUAAAGGACCAAGCAUAUGGGAUACCUACACCCACAAACAUCCAGAAAGAAUCCAAGAUGGCAGCAACGGAGAUGUGGCUAUUGAUGAAUAUCACCACUAUAAGGAAGAUGUGGGGAUUAUGAAGAACAUGGGGUUGGAUGCUUAUAGAUUCUCUAUCUCAUGGCCAAGAUUGUUACCGAAUGGAAAGCUAAGUGGAGGCGUGAACAAGGAAGGAAUCAAAUACUACAACAGUUUCAUCAACGAACUCCUACACAAUGGUCUAAAGCCAUUUGUAACCCUCUUCCACUGGGAUCUUCCCCAAGCCUUAGAAGACGAAUACGGUGGUUUCUUAAGCCCUCAUAUUAUAAAUCACUUUCGAGACUAUGCAGAGCUUUGCUAUGAGGAAUUUGGUGAUCGGGUAAAAUACUGGAUCACAUUGAAUGAGCCAUGGAGCUAUAGUGUUGGUGGUUAUGCAAAAGGGGACUUUGCGCCCGGACGAUGUUCUGAUUGGCAGAAGCUAAAUUGCACUGGUGGGGAUUCAAGUACAGAACCAUAUGUGGUGUCACACAACCAGCUCCUUGCACAUGCAACUGCUGUAGAAUUGUACAAGAAGAAAUAUCAGGCAUCUCAAAAAGGUCUGAUAGGUAUAACGCUAUUGUCACAUUGGUUUGUGCCGAUUUCUGAAGCCAAGCACCAUAAAAAUGCUGCAUUACGAGCCUUGGAUUUUAUGUUUGGAUGGUUUGCGGAGCCAAUAACAAGUGGUGACUAUCCACACAGUAUGCGGUCUCUUGUUGGAAAUCGUCUACCAAACUUCACGAAAGCAGAAUCUAAAUUGCUAAAUGGAUCAUUUGAUUUUCUUGGAUUAAAUUACUAUACUACUUAUUAUGCAGCCUAUGCACCUCAACAUAAUUUUGUAAAUGCAAGCUACUUGACAGAUGCUCGUGCUAAUUUUUCAUCCGAGCUUAACGGGGUCUCUAUUGGUCCAAAGGCAGCUUCAGAUUGGCUAUAUGUUUAUCCAAGAGGAAUUAAAGAUCUUUUACUCUACACAAAGAGAAAGUAUAAUGAUCCACUCAUUUACAUUACAGAGAAUGGGAUUGAUGAGUUCAGCCAUCCAAAAUUGUCACUUGAGGAAGCCCGUAAUGAUAGCCAGAGAAUUGACUACUACUAUCACCACCUCUAUUACGUUCAACGAGCCAUCAAGCACGGUGUCCAUAUUAAGGGAUACUUUGCAUGGUCUCUGUUCGACAAUUUUGAAUGGAAUAAUGGCUACACUGUUCGAUUCGGUAUGAACUUCGUGGAUUACAAAAAUGGGUUGAAAAGACACCCAAAACUCUCAGCCCAUUGGUUUAAAAAGUUCCUAAGUAAAGUUCCUAAGUACUAGAGAAAUCGAAUUGCAGACGUUGUUUGUGACCAAAAAAGUAAUGUAUAAUGUGAAUGUUGUUUGUGUAUGAACAAGAAUAAACAGUCAGUUGGGUG